AUGGACGACUCAGCCGCUGAAAGCGAAAUCAUCACCGUCAUUGCUCAGCUUGCUCGGCCUCACGCAACAGAGGAAGAAGGGUCGGAAGGAGAUGUGAGAGUUAGAGAACUAGAAUGGGAGUGGGUACGAUGUCUCAAGAUUCAGAAGGCAUGUAUUCUCGAGUUCUCUCCCAAGCCGUACAAAUGGAUCCGGUUCAUCACCGGAGUUAUUCUGGGAGCUGAAGGUAUACUUUGCGCUACGGACAAUGCUGAUGCCAUCGAAAUCGACUACGACAGGCCUCUGAUCGACGGCAACUUCUCUCUCUACUUUCAUGUCACUCCAGCAGAGCUCUCACGGAUGUUUCCGCUGGACCCCUAUAUUGCUGAGCCCUACUGCGCCACGGGAAGUACGACUGAAGCAUGCUGCGAUGGCUUCAGAGAUGAAGUUGAGGGCCGUGAUGUACGAUGCGUUGCGUCGGAUGCUCUUGCCGUGAUGUGCGAUGCCGCGCAUCUCAUUGGUCAGAGUAAGGGGGACAUCUGUAUCAAAGUACUUACCAAUGCUCGUAGCCGUGACGAGGACAAAAAUGAUUGUAUCGACGAUAUUGACGACAUUCGUAACGGCCUCUUCGUGGUAAGCCAGCUCCAUCGGGCACUCGGGAGGAGAGGUGUGGCCUUCCUGUUGACACCGAACUUCGCGAUGUCUACCAACGACGUCGAUCCCACCUUACAACCAGAUGAGCAGCGAUGGACCAUUCAUAGCUUCGAAGCCGUCUUCGAUCCUGAUUUCCGUCAUGAUCGCGUCUGCAACAUCGCCAUCCCUCACGGCCAGGCUCUCCGCCUUCCUGUCGAUCGAACUUCUUGGCCUCCGGGCAUCCUCUUUGAUGCCGUCUAUGCUGCAGCGGUUAUGAAAUAUUUCAGUCAUGAAGAUUUCUCUGCCUAUCUGAGCCAGCAUUGGCAAGGUCGUUUCUACCUAAAUGGUGAUAUGGCACAGAUUGAGCAUGAAAGAGAGCGGAAUAAUAUGAAGAAAGCACAACAGAAGCGGGAGAGGGCGGAGAGACGGGAGAAGGGAGACAUUGAAGGCGGUGGAAAGAUGGACGUCUAUGAUAUGCUUCUACUCCUUCCACAGAUCGUACGACGACCGCCGACCGCCGAACAAAGGGAGAGACAUCUCGCGGAACAGAGAGAAUCAGAGUUGGCGAAGCGUAAGGAGUUGGAGCAUAAAGUGACUUCUUGGUUGCAUACCAAGCGAUGA